AUUAUUUACGCAUAUUAUCGGGGCACCGUUUGAGCUCAUCAACAACCUGCUGCGAAAGUUAUUUGGAGAAGUUAGGUGGUGCGAAAUGUGAUUUUGAAUGGGAACUCCCUCUUUUUGAUUUCCAAAGUUUUGAGUUUGCGGACGGAUGAACUAAGCCACUCCACUCGAGCAAACUUUCAUCCGAGUUGCAAUAGAAAUACUUCGACGAUGCGGGACCGAACCAAAGAACUGGGCAACACGGCUAAUGCCUCGGAUGAAGAUGAAGAAACCACAGGUCUCAUGAUAAAGCCUGGUUCUGGGACCUCAGGAAAAGAAGAGAAAGAAAAUGAAGUCUUCUUUAGAAAGGUUCAGGAGAUUCGAGAGUGCCUUGAAACUUUUAAGAGAAAGGUGUCUGAAUUGGAGAACAAACAGAAAACCGUAUUAGGAGUUGCACUUCCAGAAGACAGUAUGAAAAAGGAACUUCAGUCUCAUAGGGAGGAUAUCAAAGGCAUGGCCAGCCAGAUCCAAAAGAAGUUAAAAAGCAUUGAACCUAAGAAAGCUGAGAGUGAUGACAGAUAUAUUUCAGUACAAGUGAGAAUGCAAAGAGGCCAGCAUGCUAUUUUGUCCAGAGAGUUUCUCGAACUGAUGGGUCACUGUAACACGAUUCAAGCCCAGUACAGAGACAGAAAUGUGGAGAGGAUACAAAGACAACUCAAAAUCACUGGUAACAAUGUGACAGAUGAGGAGCUGGAAUCAAUGCUUGAAAGUGGGCAAACGGAUGUUUUCACACAAAAUAUUUUGAAUGACGCUAAAGCAACCAGACAAGCUCUGAAUGAGAUCGAGUCACGACACGACGAGAUCAUUAAACUGGAGAAAUGCAUCAAAGAGCUUCAUGACAUGUUUAACUACCUUGCUAUGGAGGUACAAGCACAGGGUGAGAUGGUGAACCGAAUUGAGGAGAACAUUAAGAUGUCCCAUAACUACGUGGAAAAGGCUGUUGCAGACACAGCUGCUGCUGUAGAAACGUCCAAAAAAGUGCGCAAGAAAAAGUUAUGGAUUGCAUUAUGCCUUGCUGUUUUACUUGUUAUAUUAGGCAUUAUUUUGGCUAUCACUUUUAGUUGAGGUUCUCUCUAUUAGUCUAUCAGGCUUCCAGGCAGUGACUUCCUUCAGUCUUUUUCAAACUUGCAUAUGGCCAUGCACACAUAUGACCUCUGUCGGUAUCCCAACUCUUCUGGUGGCUACAGGUGCUGGACUUUAAAGCGCUCAUCAUUUCUUUGUCCAACAAAGUUAAAACGUGUUAGAAUUACUGAAAGUGUAUCAGCUGCUUUACCUGGAUGUAUAAAAAGGUUACUUGGCCAUUUUAAUAGAUUUAUGAAUUAUUGUGUGGACUGGAUUUCCAAGACGGUGGAUCUCAUUUGCAGAAAUCAUUAUUAAAACAUGGUAAUGAAUUGCAUAGAGAAGUCAGGGAAAUGUACUAAAAUUCUUAAUAUAUUACACUUUCCUUUUAAAAGGCAUGCUCAACAACACGAAGGGAUGGGCUGUUUGUCUGUGGCCUAACAUUUAGAUGUCGUCUUUUAUUUGUUCAGAUUUUUCAGUUUGUAGUGCCAUUUCAGACUUGAAGUUUGCUAACACCUGUGUAUAUAUCUAUAAAACACUUGUUUUAUACUCUGCUUUUGCAUUUCAGCAUCCAAAUUUCAAAAUACUGGUCUCACAAUAACAUGAUGCAUAUAUGUAUAUUUUAACUAAUUUGUGCUCUGUCCCAGUUAAGGCGUGCACUUUUUAAGAAAUUAUGUAUAGUAGUGCCUCAACCUUGGUGCCUUUUCUUGAGAAGUAACUUUAUUUGGCAGUCACAACAGAGACCGUAAAAAGCAAGAUCACCCAAACAAGUGUAGUAAAUCUGUAUUCAUUAUGCACAUACUCCCACACAUUAACUCAUUCUAAUGUAAAAAAUUCAUUUUUAAAUAAAGUACAUUAUAUGUCACAUUG